GUUGUGAGAUAUGGUGUAUCUCCGACAAUUAAAUCCAGAAACGACUGGUGAAGGCGUAUAACAUUACGAGAAGCAAGUUUCAAGCGAGUUCGCAUGGUGUAAAUCAUUUCAAAUCACGGACAAUCUGAAAAAAUUACGAGAAUGUCGAACGAACGUACAAUUAGUAUCGUCACUCUUCCAGAUAAAUCAACAGAAGAGAGUAAAAUUGAUUCAAUAGCAGAUAUAGAAAAUAAAACGGAGAAGUCUGCAAAUUUCGAGAGAGCCCUUACCGCAGCUGGUUAUGGAAAGUUUCAGUAUUUCCUUCUUCUAUCAAUUAUUCCUGUGUCAUGGUCAACAAGCCUUAACACUUCCAGUGUUGGGAUCAUUCUUCCUUCUGCAGAAUGCGAUCUGCAAAUAACUUUUUAUCAGAAGGGUGUCCUAACUGCUAUCGUAUACAUAGGAAUGGUCUGUAGCGGUCCUCUAUGGGGUUAUAUAGCGGAUGUCAAAGGUAGAAGAACCGUUUUUCUCUUCGGCUAUCUAGCCGACGGUAUAUGUAACAUUUUGUCAGGGUUAUCGCAAAAUUUUUGGAUGUUGUUAUUUUUUAAAUUCCUUAGCGGUUUCAUUAUAAGCGGUCCUCAUGCUUCCAUCGUGGCGUACUCCUCUGAAUUCUAUGGAGAGAAAGGAAGAGGGAAGAUACCAUUGCUGAUCGGUUUCAGCAUCACGCUUGGAAAUAUCGUGAGUUCAGCGCUCGCGUUGAUCAUCAUUCCUCAAGAGUGGUCCAUCGUUCUUUGGGACGGAGCAUUUGUCUACAAUUCCUGGAGAUUUUUCUUAUCUGCCUGUAGUAUACCAAUAUUGAUCGGUGUUGUUUGUCUCUUCAUGUUUCCGGAAAGUCCAAAGUUUCUCAUGUCGCAAGAUCGUAUGGACGAUGCGUUGAAAGUUUUCCAGAGGAUUUACAGCAUAAACACGGGCAAACCGCCGGAACAAUAUCCGAUUCAAUAUUUGCAAAACGAUCCUCCUUCCACUGAAGAAUCAAAUAAUGCUGAUCACGAUGAAAAUAUGAAGAAGAAAAUGAUUUUCACUAAUCCGUAUUUGUCUCGACUAUUUUCGGUCGUUUUCAUGCAAUUUGGGUCAAUGUUUGCAACCAACACGUUUCGAUUGUGGCAACCUCAAUUGUUCACGAUUCUAGAAAAUUUCGAUCCAUUGAGUUACAAUCUGACAGCAGAACACGAAUCUACAUUUUGCGAAAUUUUGGAUUUCACAACCUCUUUGAGGGCUUCUGAAAAUAUUGAAGAAAACGCGACGUGUAAAAAUAUUGUUGUCAACGAGUCUGUUUACGUGAACACAAUCAUUAUAUCUACUUUAGGAAGCUUUUUUCUUCUCUCAAGUAGCUUCAUAUUGAAUUACUUGAGACACAAAAUCUUAUUAGCUAUUUGUUACGGAAUAUCGUUAAUAUGUAUAAUUAGUCUCUAUUGGUCGUCUAAUUCAUUAUUGACGUUAUUGUUGUCAAGUUUCUUCAUUGGAUUCACGAAUAAUACUCAAAAUAUCAUUGUUUCUGCAACUGUCAUCAUGUUCCCAACUUCUUUAAGGGCGAUCGCAGUGAGUAUCGUAAUGAUGGUUGGAAGGAUAGGAUCGAUCUGUGGAAAUAUUCUUUUCCCAAUUCUUCUGGCGCAAGGAUGCUUUGUACCGAUGAUCCAGUUGGCGUGCUUCAUAUUAUUUUGUUCUAUUUUAACGUAUUAUCUACCCUUGUUCAAAAAGGGAGCGAAAAAAUAGAAAAGUCUCGAAUUUUAUUUUCGUUCACUUUUGAAUAUUCGAAACGAUUUUUCAAUAAAAAUCAUCGAACUCUUUAAAUAAUAUAUUAUGUAGACAAUAUAUUAAUAUCAAAUUUAAAAGGUCAAUUCAAUCUAAGGUCGAAAGUGUGUAAAAUAAAAUAGAUUUAUACGUGACUCGAAUAAAUCGCCAAUAAAGGAGUUUCCAUUUCAUAUAAUAUACUCUGAACGAUAGAUCUCGAAUAACCUAUAGACCUCGUUGUUCAAACCGGGGAAUUAUGCUCAUCCUUGAACCAUUCUAGCAUAAUCGAAAUUUCCAAAAGGAACCACGAUCGUCUUCUUAAGAAACAACCGCCAAUUUUGCGCAACGAAAGCGUAAAACGAAACAUGGAAAACAAGGGAAUAAUGGAAGAUUUAUCGAAGCGAGAGAACACGCGUUCAAAGAAGGGAACAACGACAACAAUAUUACACAAUGAACGAGUGGAUGUUUCCAGUUGGACAAUCUUCACGGUCACAUUUUCAACCGGGGAAGGAGAUCAAUCUCGAUUUAAAACAAUGAUCGAGCCCGUCGAGGACGAACCGUGGCGUUCCUCGAUUGGCGUGAACACGAAGCUGCCACGGGGGCCUUGGGUUUCACUUUCGACACAUCCUGGAGAGCCCUCCGCCGCAGCCUUCACCCACAUGCUCGUUCUUCUCGAUCCCUCGCUAAGUAAGUAAGAAAAUACUAUUUACUACGCUUCUGUUCAAGUGGAGGUUUCGCGUGGACGAUGCUUUAUCAAGCGCCCGGGAUCUCGACACCUUCGAACCGACCAUGUUGAUCGAGUAAUUACGCGUGGCCAUAAAAAUCGCCGUGAGUAUUACAAUGAGAGAAAGGCAUCUUGUUGCGAUGCAAUCAUCUGCAUGCUAUUAUGAUUAAUUUUAAAUCUCUUAGGGGGAUUUUCAAGCUGGACUUGUCGAAUUGUUUUCACAUAUUUUUAUCUUUGAAACAUUGAAAGGAUUUUUAAUUAUUGUGUGAUUUAAAAUAUAAGGAACCAAUCUUGUGAUCUUCAUUUGAUAUUAAUAUUUUUGUUCGUUUUUGUUUUAUCGUUUUUCAAAGGAAUGGACACUUUUUAUAUCCAGAAUUGAAUUAGGAAUUUUCUGUGUAAAGUGCAUUCAACUGACAUAUAUUUUAUCUUGACAGAUUAAUACGUAUAUUAAGAUUCUUAAGAUUAUAGAGCCCUGGGAUAUUCAGAAUAAUUUAAUAUAAUACGCAUUUAUUAUUAAUUUGAUCACGAUUUCAUUUUACCUAUAUAAUUCAAUAUUUGUGAGUAUAAUUAAGGCAUUAUAGUUACGAUCUAUAUCUAUGAAAAAGAUAAGCUGUUUAAUUAAUCUGAUGGCGAAUUGAAUGUGAUACAAUUAACGAGACACGAAUGACAAUAAGUACGAAUAAUAAAGAGAAAUUGUACUCACUU